AUGUCAGGGUUGGACGUAGAGGCGCUACUUGACUCGACUGCUUCCUCCAAGGAGCAGACCAGCAAGGCCACCGCUAAUGGCGACUCGCCCCAGAAUGGAAGCCGCAGCGAGCACGAUCGCGACCGCGAUCGAGACCGCCGCAGCCGUGACCGCAGCCGUGAGGGCGACCGAGACCGAGACCGAGGCCACCGACGCCGAGAUCGCAGCCCCGGCCGCCACCGCAACUCGUCGAGCGGGAGAGACACCCCGAGAAGUGAUGCCGGAAGCCAUAAGAGUAGGCGCCGGAGCCGGAGCCGUGAUUCUGGCCGACACUCACGUCGUCAUAGAGAUGGAGACUACUACCGUGGAAGCCACCGCGGCCGUGGCGGCCGCUCCCGUUCUCGCUCGCGCUCGCGCUCGCCUACCCGCCACUACCGACCUGGAGAGGAUCGCCGCGACCGUGAUGAUCGCAGCUACCGCCGUCGUGAUGAUGACCGCCGCGGCGGCAGGCACAGCACGCCCCGCGACCCCUCGCCCACGGGAGACGAGCGCGAUCGUCGUACCGUCUUUGUCCAACAGCUGGCCGCUCGUCUCCGUACCCGCGAGCUGAAGGAGUUCUUCGAGAAGGUUGGCCCCGUUGCUGAGGCACAAAUUGUCAAGGAUCGCGUUAGCAACAGGUCCAAAGGUGUCGGCUACGUCGAGUUCAAGAGUGAAGAAUCCGUUGCGGCCGCCCUCCAGCUCACUGGUCAAAAACUCCUAGGUAUUCCCGUCAUUGUCCAGCCCACUGAGGCUGAGAAAAACCGCCAAGCCCGCAACUCAGAAUCGUCCGGCCACCCCAACUCGAUCCCGUUCCACAGGCUCUAUGUCGGCAACAUCCACUUCAGCAUCACCGAGUCGGACCUUCAGAAUGUCUUCGAGCCCUUUGGCGAGCUCGAGUUUGUGCAGUUGCAAAAGGAUGACAAUGGCCGCAGUCGUGGCUACGGCUUUGUCCAGUUCAGAGAUGCUGGCCAGGCCCGUGAGGCCCUCGAGAAGAUGAACGGGUUUGAUCUCGCUGGUCGUCCGAUCCGUGUCGGGCUUGGAAACGAUAAGUUCACCCCCGAGUCAACUGCCAACCUCUUACGGGGAUUCCAAGGCCAGAAUCAACAGUUCCAGGGAUCCGCUUUCUCCGGAGCCGGUGGCAGGGGACCCCAGGCGUCCAACUUUGACCGCGCCGGCGGCCGAGAAAACGAAAAAGGCACCGGUGCUAGUGCCCUGGACGACACCGAUGUCGCUGGUGUCAACUUUAACAACUACAGCCGAGACGCCCUGAUGCGGAAGCUGGCAAGAACUGACGAGCCAAUCAAUGGCCAACCUGAGCGACAGGUCCUCAAGCCCAAGACGGAGACGCCGAAGCCGCUUCCCGUCAAUGUCAGUAUGGCAAGCCGUUGCGUGGUUCUCCACAACAUGUUUGAUCCUGCUGAACAAGAGGGUGAAGACUGGGCCAAGGAGCUCGAAGAAGAAGUUCGUCAAGAAGCGGAGGAGAAGUACGGCCACGUCGUGCACAUUUCGGUCGACCCCAACUCCGCAGGCGACAUCUACCUCAAGUUCGACAAGGUUUCCGGCGGAGAGAACGCUAUCAAGGGUCUGAACGGCCGUUACUUUGACGGACGCAUGAUAACUGCUGCUCCUGUCGUGGAUGCGGUCUACAGCAGUUUGUUCUCUCGCACCAAGGCCAUCUAA